GCACCCACGUGAAGGGCGGGCGGCGGCCGCGUGGGCUGCUGGGUCGCGCGGCUCCGACUGAGGCCUUUGAAGCGGCGGAGCGGGGCCGCGUGUGCGCCGUGCGGGUCUGCGUCAGCCUUCCCUCGGAGUUCUGCAGUGAUUUUUAAAGUUGGCUCAUGAGCAUAAAUACAUGGCUGAAGAAUUGGUCUGUUAUCUCAUUUAAAUGAGGCUGCAGUGAAACACAACACUAUAAAAAAAAGAAGUCUGUAGAAAGUACACUCAAUACUUUGUGCCUUUGCUCUAAAAUUCUCUUCAAUACAGCUGGGGAAAAUGGCUGAAAAUGGAGAUGGUGAAAACAUGUCUAUUUUGGAAAACAAAAUCUGUCAGCAAAUUGAGUACUAUUUUGGCAAUCACAAUCUACCAAGAGACAAGUUCCUGAAGGAACAGAUCAAACAAGAUGAUGGCUGGGUGCCUUUAGAAGUAAUGAUCAAAUUCAACAGGUUAAGUCGCCUUUCAAAAGAUUUUAAUGUUAUUGUAGAAGCACUAAGGAAAUCCAAGACUGGUCUAAUGGAAAUAAAUGAAGACAAAACUAAAAUCAGAAGAUCUCCAAACAAACCUCUUCCUGAAUUAAAUGACCAGUAUAAGGCUGCAAUUAAAAACAGAUCUGUAUAUGUUAAAGGCUUUCCACUAGAUGCAACUCUUGAUGAUAUCAAAGAAUGGCUUGAGGAUAAAGGUCCAGUUGAAAACAUUCAAAUGAGAAGAACAUUGCAGAGAACAUUCAAGGGCUCAAUAUUUGCAGUUUUUGACAGUGUUGAAUCUGCUAAGAAGUUUACAGAGAUUCCAAACCAAAAGUACAAAGACACAGAGCUGAUAGUACUUUUCAAGGAAGAAUAUUGUACAAAGAAAAAUGAAGAAAGGAGACAAAAUAAAGUAGAAGCUAAAGCAAGAGCUAAACAGGAAAAAGAAGAAAAACAGAAACAAGCAGCAGAUGCUGAAAUGAAGUCUCUGGAAGAAAAGACAGGAUGUCUUUUGAAGUUUUUUGGUGAUCUAGAUGACCAAACAUGCAGAGAAGAUCUCCAUGAAGUAUUUUCUAAUCAUGGAGAAAUCAAGUGGAUACACUUUGUCAGAGGGGCAAAGGAGGGAAUUAUCCUGUUUAAGGAUAUUGCAAAAGAAGCUCUGGAAAAAGCCAAAGCAGCACAUAAUGGAAACUUACAGCUUCGGAGCAAGGAUGUUACAUGGGAAGUGCUAGAAGGAGAGGCAGAGAAAGAAGCUCUGAAAAAAAUACUGGAAGACCAGCAAGAAUUGCUAAAGCAGAAAACAAAAGGACGCAAAAUUAAAGGAAAAGGAAGAGGGGGAAAGGUACCUCAAGGUGCGAACAAAGGGAAAAUACAGUUCCAGGGCAAGAAAAUUAAGUUUGAGAAUGAAGAAGAAGGCGGUGAAGAUGAUACUAAACCAGAACCAGCAAGUCCCAAGAAGAGACCACUAGAGGAGACAGAAGAAGAAGAACCUCCACCAAAACAGCUGAAAACAGAAAAUGGAGAUCAGUAAUACUAGAACAAUGAUAAUUAAAAAAACCAUUGUUUUUAUUGUUCCAUUUUCAGUAAGUUUUAAAGACAUGCCUCAGGUCAGGAGUUUCUUGGCAGAAAAUCUAAUGAAAUCCACUUCAAUGUCAACCUACAAUGAGAGGAAAGCUUCAUUUUGUUGGGUUACAGCUUUUUUUUUGUUUAAAAAGCAUACUUCCUGUUAAUAUACCAGCCCGGAAAACUCUUAUAUUUAUAGUUUUGUUUAUACUGUCAGAUCAUCUUAACUUCUCUGGCAUCUCAUUCAAGUGUAAAAGAUUCUGAACUUUGUAAUCUUGUGGCUACAUUAAAUAGCAGCUGCCAAUAAAUUCAGAAAUGAAAACUGC